AUGGAAGAACAAUAUGGUAAAACCAAGAUAUUAUUUGAUACAUUUGUAUGCGAUCCUAUACCUGUAAAUAGAUUUAUAUAUCGGUCCUGGUUGGAAGGACUGACUGAAAAGGAGACAGCAGCAAGAAGAGACUCUAUUGAAAAGUCUCUCAUAUCACCACUCAAUCAAAGUAUUAGCGGUGUCUCUACAUCUGCACUAUCAUCACUUUUACCAAAUACUUUUGUCAACAACAACAACAACAAUGUAUCAUCAAAUAACCUACAACAAACUAGUAGUAGCAAUAUUAAUAACAACAACAACAACAACACAUCAAUGAUCAAUACAACUACAAUGAUCACAAAUACAAAUAUGAUACCAGGUAGUAGUAGUAACAGUAACAACAAUAGUUUAAAUAGUACAUCUACCAAUAUUGCAACCACUGCAACGUGGCAACAACUACUCGAAGAGACAGAAGAUCAAUUUAGAAACUUUUCACUCUUGCGCAACGUGUUGGAGCAUCCCAAGACACUAUCUCCUCAUUCAAUGUUUCAAGUGGAUCCAACGUCAAGAAGACUCUUGAUAGAGGGUUACUAUGACUUUGACGACACCUUUAUCAGAGAACUGAUUGGUAGGAAGCUUACAAGUGGUCAACGUCGUGAUCUCGAUGACACGAGCGAAAAGUUAAGGAUCAGACUAUCAACUUGUGAAAGACAAUUUGACAAUCUAAAGAGAAUAUCAAGAUUGGUAUUUGCAAAUAUCAAAUCUUCCCCAAUUGAUUUAAUAAUCAAUGAAUUUUGUUUAUCAAGAGAUUUAUCAAAAAAAUAUAUAAAGAUAUUAUUCCUUUGUUUUCAUAGAAUAGAUAUAUCACAUAAAAGAAUACAACCUUUAAAUACAGGAGAUUUAAUGAAAUUGGCAGAGAUUGUGAUGAAUAAUUGGGGUGACCCGUUACGUAGUUAUUCGAUGGAAUUGGAAAUCAAACUAAAAGAAGAUGUUAGAGAUUUAAAGGUUUAUCUUUCAAAGGAUAUUCCAGAAAGAUAUUUAAAGAUGAUCAAGGCUAAAUACCAAAAUCCAUCCAGUAGUAGUGUUGGUCAAUCACCAAAGAUAAACUCUUCUCUAAAUUUACCUUCACCACUUUUAAUGAAUCAACAACAACAACCUAUGACGACGACGACUACUACAACAUCAACAUCAAAUUUAGGACAAUCAGUUCAACCAACACCAUCAACUCAAUCAAAUAAUACUAGUUUAAAUAAUAGUAAUAGUUUUAUCAAUACUCCAUCUUCAGUUUCAUCUGCCAUUCCACCAUUACCAACAUCUGCAUUUUCACUUGCUCAACAUGUACCAGCCAUCGUAGGAGCUGAUAAACUCAAAGCAUUGGAAGAUAUCAUUGAAAAGAUUGUAGACCCUCUUUUACGUAUUGGUAUGACCACAAAUGAAGCCGAUACCUUUUUCGUCUUUCUUCGUGAAUCAUUUUUACCAGACAACCUAGGUCUCACUCUUCGUCAUAAAGAUCGUUUGGUAUGA